UUCUAGGUGUCUAGCAACAGCUAUCAGCCCAGACAGCCGGCGGCAACGGGAGCGGUAUUUCUCGGUGUGUCUUUCCACGAUUAUUCGCUGCCGGGUAUUCAUAAUUAAUAGUCACUUGGCUGAAAAUAGUGGAAAAAACAACCCUGACCCCUGCACAGAGAUAUGAGCGGCAGCGGGCGGCCCAGGACCAGCUCGUUUGCUGAGCCGCCAGGUGUUCCAGGAACCGCCGCUGCGUCCACCGGAUCAGCCGCUGCCGUGGGGAGCAGCACAGGAAAGUCCGGGGUCCCGCAGGCCUCCGGCAGCAGCUCGUCGGGAUGCUCGAACCUUAAGCUUGCCAGAGACAGCGGGAAGGUGACUACAGUUGUGGCCACACCAGGUCAGGGACCGGACCGCCCACAGGAAGUUUCUUACACUGACAUAAAGGUGAUUGGCAAUGGGUCGUUUGGUGUGGUGUACCAAGCUCGCCUCAUCGACAGCCAGGAGAUGGUGGCCAUUAAGAAAGUUCUGCAGGAUAAGAGGUUCAAGAAUCGGGAACUACAGAUCAUGAGGAAGCUGGAUCACUGCAACAUUGUCAGACUACGUUACUUCUUCUACUCCAGUGGAGAGAAGAAAGAUGAAGUGUAUCUCAACCUGGUGCUGGACUUUGUCCCUGAGACGGUCUACAGGGUUGCCAGGCAUUUUAACAAGGCCAAGAGCAUCAUUCCUAUCAUAUAUGUGAAGGUGUACAUGUACCAGUUGUUUCGCAGUCUGGCUUACAUCCAUUCCCAGGGCGUGUGUCACAGAGACAUCAAGCCUCAAAACCUGCUCGUCGACCCAGAAACUGCCAUCCUCAAGCUGUGUGACUUUGGCAGUGCCAAGCAGCUGGUCCGUGGUGAACCCAACGUGUCGUAUAUCUGCUCACGGUACUAUCGUGCCCCUGAGCUCAUUUUUGGUGCCACAGACUACACGGCAAACAUUGACAUCUGGUCAGCAGGCUGCGUACUGGCUGAGCUGCUGCUCGGACAGCCCAUAUUCCCUGGCGACAGUGGGGUGGACCAGCUCGUAGAGAUUAUCAAGGUGCUAGGAACCCCAACAAGGGAACAAAUCCGAGAGAUGAACCCAAACUACACAGAAUUCAAGUUUCCUCAGAUCAAAGCUCAUCCAUGGACCAAGGUGUUUAAACCUCGCACUCCUCCCGAGGCCAUUGCUCUUUGCUCCCGGCUGCUGGAGUACACGCCGGCCUCACGGUUUUCCCCACUAGAGGCCUGUUCGCACGCCUUCUUCGACGAGCUUCGACAGCCGAACACACGACUGCCCAGCGGCCGAGAACUGCCGAUGCUCUUCAACUUCAGCACCACAGAGCUGUCCAUCCAGCCCCAGCUGAACUCAACCCUCAUUCCUCCUCACGCUCGCUCACAUACAGCUGCUUCCGCCCACGAUGGUACCGGUUCAGAUUCAUCUCAACACAGUUCAGUACCAGGAUCUCUUAACAGCAUCUGAAGCAGCCUCUCACCUGCCUGCCUGCCAGCCUCACCUUUAUCUCAGACACACGCACACACACACACUACCGCUUUCCUCCAUGCUGCUUGCUCUCCUCUUCGAUGAUCUGUUUUUGUACAGCAAAUGCGUUGAACAAACUAAACAUUAGUUCUUUAGCUGCCAGGGUUGAAACUACGGCAGGUGAUUGUUGAACACACACACACACACAGAGUCGUCUCGCUGCUGCUCGGUUGGUCAGUGAAGGUUCAAUAGUUGGGGCUGGUCCUCUGUAAUAUAACCUUUUUAUUAAAUCAACAUUUUUUUUCUUCUUCUUUAUAUUUGUGUUUAUUUAUUUGACUAAUUGAAAGCAUCGUAUGGUCACAAAAACAUUUAGUCCUUCGAUUUUUUUUCCACUUCAGAUUAUUUUUUUAUAUUCUUCAGUGUUUCUGCAUCCCUGUUAGUGAGGGGUGAACUGUACACUGCCUGACCAGAAGAUCAGAACUGGCCUCAAACUGGUCCAUCAGGGUAAAGGAUGUUUUAUUCAACUCAGGGCGGGAGAGCGGAUGCAGGGACUGAUAAAUUCCUAAAUCCUCCAGCCACAUUGUUUCACCAAUCCAGCCUGAUGUUUAGGUUUAAAUUAAACUUCCUCAUCUUGAUAUUUACCUGCUUAUAUGGCGGGUAGAGUAGAAAACCUCAUCAGCACCAGGUAGCAGUUAUCAGUGUUUGGUUGGAGGUGUACUGGAUUGCCCCUUAUGUGAAUCGUUCAGUGGCUGCAUUUAUACAGACUGGACUGGAAAUAACUACACUCCACCAGUCACCGCGUCUCGUAUCCAUUUGUUUCCUGUUUUAGAGAGUUUUGUCUCGAAAAAGAGGGAAAAAAUCCUCAAAGAAACAGUUCCCCUACAUGCCCACUGUUGUAGUUUAAAUAUGGGUAAACCCUUCAUGCGUUUAGGUUUUUUUUUUUUUAUCGUUUUCACAUUCAGGAGGGCAGAGCUGUUAAUUUAUUGGAAAGACGUUAUUUCCAGAGGAAAAAAUCCUCAACUCCUGCUCUUGUUCGUCACCUGGAAAAUUAGUGUAGACCUGUAAAUGUCCAGUUGUAAAGAAAGUGUGAAUGUGCUGCUCAGCAAAAGCAGAUAUAGAAAAUGAGCCUUUUGAAAUCAAGCAAACAAAUUAGAACCAUAGUAGUGCGAAUAGUAGUUUGUUACUGGAAGCUGCACCUUGCGCUGCUUGUUCUCUGUCCUGCCACCUAGUUAGUUGUAUUCACUUAAUGAUCAAAUGAAAACCAGCAGUGGUCUGGAUACCUCUGUCCUAGAUCAUUGCAACAAUAGAAAACAGAUAUUGGAGCUCUUCUAAUAAACUAGAGAUGACGACAUCAAUUCCGCUUAAAGAAGUUGUCACCAUAAUUUCUUUCCUGAACGAAAUAACCAAAUUUACGCCCCUAUUCAAACACCCAAAGAAAAAGAAACCUGAAAGCCAUCACGGGUUUCACUUGUCCUAAAUAGUGUUAGUGAGUGGUGGAAACGGCUGAUUCAGAAAUUACUUAAAGGGACAAUUUACCCUAAAAUCAAUAAUACCUUUCUUUCCUCUUACCUGUAGUGCUGUUUAUACGUCUUGACUGCUUGGCGUGUUACAAAGUGUUGGAGAUAUCAGGUGUAGAGAUAUCUGCCUUCUCUCCAAUGUAAUAUAUAUUUUCUACCAAACUACACCUGACAAUGAUAUCACCGUGCAGAACUGAGCAUUUAAUGGUAGCUCACCUAGCACCACUGAGCCAGCUAACAAAGCUAACAGCUAACUAGUACCAUUGUAUUGGAGAGAAGGCAGACAUCUCUAUGGCCGAUAUCCCCAACACUC